AUGAGUUGCAGAAGCAUUGCAGCUCUCUUAGUAGAAGAAGGUAAAGCGGGCCAGGAUUUGGAAGAAAUGACACAAUCGAAGGAGCCAAAUUUGCAUUCUGGGUAUAGGGGUUGCACAGAGGAGGGGAAUGUAAACAGACGAGUCGCAAAAAUUGAGAAGGUUAAAAAAGAGCAAGAACCAAAAACUUCAAAAAGGCCCAAACCCGAAAAAACCCAACACCAGGAGAUCAAGAACACAGAGAAGAUCAAAUCCUUCAGCAUUUGGCCGCCGUCACAGCGCACUCGCGAUGCCGUCAUUAACCACCUCAUAGAGACUCUCUCCACCUCCUCCGUCCUCUCCAAGCGCUACGGAUCCAUCCCACCGGACGAGGCUGCUGCCACCGCCCGCAGGAUCGAGGUUGAAGCUUUUGCUGCCUCUUCCGGCUGCGGCCUCACCGACGACAUUAAGAUCCUCCAGGUCUACUCCAAGGACAUCAGCAAGCGCAUUCUAGUGGUGGUCAAGUCUAGAUCCGCCUCCGCUAAGACUCCUACUACCACCGCUAGUGAGGAAACAUCAAUUGAAUAUGAAUAUUGA